GAGAAGGAGACGGGCGGAGGGAGAGAGACAGCGGGGCUUGCGGGGGAUAUGGAUCCGGGCAGAGCAGCCCCAGUACCGGCUGCAGCACAGUGAGCGCCUCCCGGAUACACCCGGGCCCCCGGCCCCAAGCUCGGAGCCAUGAAUGCGGCGGAAGGCGCGGAGGAUGCAGGGGGAACCGAUUCCGAGGUGGAUGCCUUCUUCCGCACAGGUUCAUUUCGGAACGACGGAUUAAAAGCUACUGAUGUCCUGUCUGUCCUCAAGGAAAAAGUGGCCUUUGUCUCAGGUGGGCGAGAUAAACGCGGGGGCCCCAUCCUCACCUUCCCGGCACGGAGCAACCACGACAGGAUACGGCAGGAAGAUCUGAGGAGACUGGUGACUUAUCUUGCCAGCGUGCCAAGUGAAGAUGUCUGCAAACGAGGUUUUACUGUUAUCAUUGACAUGCGAGGAUCCAAAUGGGACUUGAUUAAGCCCCUACUGAAGACCCUGCAAGAAGCGUUUCCGGCCGAAAUCCACGUGGCGCUGAUUAUCAAACCCGAGAACUUCUGGCAGAAACAGAAAACGAACUUCGGGAGCUCCAAAUUUAUAUUUGAGACCAGCAUGGUAUCGGUUGAAGGACUUUCGAAGCUGGUGGAUCCAUCUCAGCUGACAGAAGAAUUUGAAGGUUCCUUGGAUUACAAUCACGAUGAAUGGAUCGAGAUCCGCGUGUCCCUUGAGGAAUUUUUUAACAGUGCCGUCCACUUGCUUUCUCGCUUGGAGGAUCUGCAGGAGAUGCUGGCCAGGAAGGAGUUCCCUGUGGAUGUUGAGGGAUCUAGAAGGCUGAUAGAUGAACAUACCCAGCUGAAGAAGAAGGUCAUCAAGGCUCCUGUGGAGGAGUUGGACCGAGAUGGUCAAAGGCUGCUACAGUGUAUCAGAUGUGGGGAUGGGUUCUCGGGUAGGAACUGUAUCCCAGGAGGGGCGGAUUUCCAAAGCCUCGUGCCAAAGAUCACCAGCCUCCUGGAUAAACUUCACUCGACGCGGCAACACCUGCACCAAAUGUGGCACGUGCGAAAGCUGAAACUGGACCAGUGCUUCCAGCUGCGGCUCUUUGAGCAGGACGCCGAGAAGGUAAAGAAUGCCUAUGUGAACAUAAACCGCAUCAUGUCGGUGGCGUCGCGGCUCAGUGAGGCCGGGCACUAUGCGUCGCAGCAGAUUAAACAGAUCUCAGGGCAGUUGGACCAGGAGUGGAAAAGCUUUGCUGCUGCGCUGGAUGAGAGGAGCACCAUCCUUGCCAUGUCCGCCGUGUUCCACCAGAAAGCCGAACAGUUCCUGUCGGGGGUGGACACGUGGUGCAAGAUGUGUAACGACGGGGGCCUUCCCUCUGAGAUGCAGCAGCUCGAAAUGGCGAUCCACCAUCAUCAGACUCUGUACGAGGAGGUGACUCAGGCCUACACCGAGGUCAGUCAGGACGGGAAGGCCCUUUUGGAUGUUCUUCAGCGCCCGGUGGGUCCGGGGAACUCGGAGUCGCUCACGGCCACAGCCAAUUACUCCAAGGCGGUGCAUCAGGUCCUGGAUGUGGUACAUGAGGUGUUGCACCACCAGCGCCGGCUCGAGAGCAUCUGGCAGCACCGCAAGGUCCGACUGCACCAGCGGCUGCAACUCUGCGUCUUCCAACAGGACGUGCAACAGGUGCUGGACUGGAUCGAAAAUCACGGGGAGGCGUUUCUGAGCAAACACACGGGUGUCGGGAAGUCCCUGCACCGGGCGCGGGCCCUACAGAAGAGACACGAUGACUUCGAAGAAGUGGCACAGAACACUUACACCAACGCGGACAAACUGCUGGAGGCGGCAGAACAACUGGCCCAGACGGGGGAGUGCGACCCGGAGGAGAUUUACAAAGCGGCGCGGCACCUGGAGGUGCGAAUCCAGGACUUUGUGCGCCGAGUGGAACAGCGGAAACUUCUCCUCGACAUGUCCGUCUCCUUCCACAGCCACACCAAGGAGCUGUGGACGUGGAUGGAGGACCUACAGAAGGAGCUACUAGAGGACGUUUGCGCUGAUUCGGUGGACGCGGUACAGGAGCUCAUUAAGCAGUUCCAGCAGCAACAGACGGCAACGCUCGAUGGGACACUGAAUGUCAUCAAAGAGGGGGAGGACCUCAUCCAGCAACUCAGGGACUCGGCCGUGUCCAGCAAUAAGUCGCCCCACAACAGCUCCAUCAGUCACAUCGAGUCGGUUCUGCAGCAGCUGGAUGAGGCCCAGGUCCAAAUGGAGGAGCUGUUCCACGAGAGGAAGAUCAAGCUGGACAUCUUCCUGCAGCUCCGCAUCUUUGAGCAGUACACUAUAGAGGUGACGGCGGAGCUGGAUGCCUGGAACGAGGACCUGCUGAGACAGAUGAACGACUUUAACACGGAGGACCUGACGCUGGCGGAGCAGAGGCUGCAGCGGCACAAGGAGCGCAAGUUGGCGAUGAACAACAUGACGUUCGAGGUCAUUCAGCAGGGCCAGGAUCUGCACCAGUACAUCAUGGAGGUGCAGGCGUCAGGUAGGUGCAUUCUGGGAUCUCGUGGGGCUCUUUCUGUCUGCAUUUGCCUUCUCCUUGGUCUCCUCUCCGUGUGUCUCCUCUCCUUGUGUCUCCUCUCCGUGUGUCCCUCUCCGUGUGUCUCCUCUCCGUGGUCUCCUCUCCGUGUGUCUCCUCUCCAUGUGUCUCCUUCUCGUAGUGGGGUCUUUUUUCCCUCUCCGUGUGUCUCCAUCUCCGUGUUGUCUCCUCUCCAUGUGUCUUCCUUCUCCAUGUGGUUCCUCUCCUUGUCUCCUCUCCGUGUGCUCCUUCCGUGUCUCUCUCGUUGUGGCUCUCUCUCCAUGUGUCUCCUCUCCUUGCGUCUCUCUCCUUGGUCUCCUCUCCGUUCUCCUCUCCGUGUGUCUCCUCUCCUUGGUCUCCUCUCCGUGUGUCUCCUCUCCGCGUGUCUCCUCUCCAUGUGUCUCCUCUCCUCUGCGUCUUGCCUCCGUGUGUUCUCCCUCCGGUAG